AUGACAAAGAAACGUCGUAAUAAUGGUCGAAGCAAACACGGACGUGGUCGUGUUACCAACGUUAACUGUACCAAUUGUCGUCGUUUAGUACCAAAGGACAAGGCCAUUAAGAAGCUGAUCAUCCGAAAUAUUGUUGAACAAGCUGCCGUGAAAGAUCUUACUGAAGCCAGUAUUUAUACAAAAUACAUUCUACCAAAGCUUUACACGAAAUUACACUAUUGUAUUUCAUGUGCUAUUCACAGUAAAGUUGUUCGUAAUCGAUCACGAGAAGCACGACGUAUUCGUCAACCACUCUUACGACCACAUCAAAAUCGCCAACCAGGUACAGCUGGUGGUCAAGGCAACACUGGUGCAGGUGGUGGCAAUCGUAGUGGAAACAAAGAACCUUUGCAACCCGCCAAUAUGCCUGUUGCUAAAACAUAA